AUGGGGAUGGUGCAGUGGUCUAAUCUGUUCGAUGAAAACGCUAUCUGGGAAGAUUUAGAUGAGCUUAUGGCUUAUGAAUUUGAUGUGGAGGUUGAUAAUAAGGUGGUUCCGUUCAUGUUAUUGGAGGACGUGAAACGCUGGGAGUUUGUUGAUUUGCCUAUUUUUAGAGUUGAGACCCUGUUACACCCGGAAAUUUCUUCGGGAUCUGAAAAGAUUUUAUUGUUAUUUUUUAAUCUGCAGCAUGAUGUGGAUGCUGGUGUCUUGAAGAAAGUCAUUUUAGCAGAUGGUGCUGUUGUCCCGGUGAAGGGUGCGAGAUCAGUUAGUCUGCGUCACCCGAUUGAUCUUCCAUUGCCUCUAAAUCGAACUCGAUCUGGUUUUGCUUCUGGGCUUCUAACCUUAGCUGAACAGCUGCGUCAUGCUGUUCGUUCUGAAGGGGCUCCGCUCCUCUCUCCGAGGAUUGUUGGGCCCACCUCGCUCACAUCUCCAUCAUCAUCACCUUCUUCUAAUAACAGACUCAAGCUGGAGGACCUUGCUCCUGGACUUGUGGAGCUAUCCUUGUCUGCAAAAUCUCAACCUGUUGAUGCCCUCUCCACCGUUGAUUUGGAACAAGCUACUACUGUUCUAACUCCUAAACAUUUCACUACAAUGUGGCCAUUCGCUUCUGUGAAUGGCUCAAACUCGAACUUGGUUGGUUUUGAGAAAUUGUUUACCUCUAUGUUGGGUCCCAAGGCUAAUAAGAAAGGUUCCUUCAAGUUGUUGAAGGCAGAUGUGCCAGCUCAGACAUUUGUUAAGAUAGGGUUUGGCGUUGAGAAGAAAUUGAAAGAAGUAGAUGGGCUUGGUCUGGAGGCUAUUCCUAAAUGGAGGCCAAAGCCUGUGAGUGUGAGGAUGCAUUUUGAGGUAUUGGCUAAGGUUGAUGGCCAGAAGAUAGUACCGGAGAGAGUGGUGCAGGCUAACCCUGUGAUCGUGGAGGAUACAGUGGCUCCUCAUGUGCUUGCAGGGAAUGUGAGCACGUCCAGAACUCCUGUUGUCCACCCUCCUUCCAAUCCCUUCACCUUGUAAAUCCUUGGUGGGGACUAAUUUUGUCAAAGUUGCUGGAGAAGCUGUACAUAUUUUCUUUUUUUCCAGUUACACGUAAUGAGAUAGUAGAGAUGGACGUUGUAAAAACUAUUGAACGAAGAAGAUAUGAUGAAAAGGUUCAUAUUGUCUGUUCUAUGAGUGAUAAAA